UUUUGCGCUCAAUACUUACAGGGGCAUUUGAUUUUCUCUCGCGUGUGCAAUUGCUCAUACAACUUGGCGGUUUGUACGAUGGGUUUGCGUUUCAAAAACUUCUGGUAUUCAAUUUCGGGGUUGAAGGUUUCCAAAUCGUCACAAUAAUGUUCGCACAUUUUAGUAUUAAAUCUUUGGAUAUGCGAAUCACUUGUAAUUGAAUGAAAUAAUUUUUUAAAAAACAAUGCAAAGUUACUUUCAAAUAUGAUUUGCUUAGCGUAAAAAUUGUGAAAUAUUUUGGCCUUGAUUCGGAAUUUGUACUCGCUUGAGAGCUUGUUUGAAAGUGUUCGAAUGAAAUGCGAUUGACAAAACAGCCAUUUGUUGCUGCAGCAACAAAAUAGAAAGAGUUCGAAAAGUUUGGAAAGUUGAAAGCUAACAAACACUAAAUCAACACAUUAAAAAAGGAUAAAAGUAAGCCUAACGUUCUGCAGCGGGAUGACGCAACACCACCUUGCUAACGGUGCAACAGCUGACUGACUACAGUUGCUGUCGGCUGUCAAAACACACAGGUUUUGGGGUGGUAUCUUAAGGCUAGAACUGUCAAACGCAUUUGCGUGUCAUGCGCACGGCUGUCCUUUGCAGUUUGCAUGUUUUAUUGAUUUCAGCAAUUAUAAAGAACACACCUGCCGAUAUUUUCUUUCACAUAUAUUUCUAGUGCAUAUUAUAACUCGCUCAGGUUUAGCUAUACUUUUUGCUACAGUUUUCAGGAAAAUUACACAGCAACUCUUAGAUUUCGGGCAGAAAUGUGUAAAAUGUUGAAUUUUGUUAAUUUUAUAAUAUGUGUUGCAACAUUCAGCCAAACAAUGGACCCCUGUGUGGCUAUUAAGCGCGGACCGCAUCACCCGCGCAGUGAACAGUCCAAAACACGUAAAGUGGAUGAGCAUUUAACGCACGAAGAGCACCGCAUCGAUGAGGAUCUCAAGGAUAUGGGCAUAAAUGUCAAUUUAGAUAACAUGUCCGAUGAGGAGAAGAAUUUCUACUAUUUUAAGAUCCAUGACAGCGACAAUAAUAACGCCCUGGAUGGACUGGAGAUGCUACAAGCGGCCAUACAUCAAGAUGAACAUUUCAAAAAAGUCGAUAGAGAUAGCUUCCUGCACAAUGCUACCGAAGAAUUAAAUCAUAUCAUAGACUUUACAAAUUCCAGAGGUUAUUGAUGAGUUUCUGCAAAUCGCGGAUGCUAAUAAGGAUGGCUUCCUGCACUAUGCGGAAUAUGUGAAGGCCGUCACUGGGUCGCCAGAGAGGCAAUAGAGUUAAGUAGCGGGACAAAGAGCAGAGAGACAUAUACAUUGCCUGAAGAAGAAUAUGAAAAUAUAGCAAUUAAUUGAGGAAAAUUAGCUCAAUUUGCAUCCAAAAGUAAAAGCGUAUAAAAAUAUAAAUUAUAAUAUAAACAAUAACUAAUGAAAACAUAGAAAAUACAAAUUUAUAAGUACAUAGACAUGUGUAAGAAUUAUACAUAAUUUCUUAUUUUUUCAAAAAACCUUUUGCUGAAUUAUUAUACUCCUAAGUAGUUAUUAUCGAGAUGGGUUUAUUUUUAUUAAUAAUAAUGUAAUAAAUAUACAUGUUUCUACCUUUAUUAUAAUAAUAAUGCAGAGCAACUUAUUAAGACUGUAAAUAACUACCAAACGAUUAAAAUUUUUUAUAAACAACGCUAGCAUAAAUAAUAGUCUGCUAAAUUAAUUAUUGAUAAUUAAAAAGCAAUGCAAUAAAAACUAUUAAUAAUAAAAAAAAGUUUUUGUUAAUAUGUA